AUGGAUCUCUCACGGCAGGAGUAUCCAGCCUUGCUGGCCUCCUUGCAACCGAGUCAAGCCAUUAAUGUACUCAAUGAUCGCAUUCGUGUCAUCAACAAAAUCAACGCGGAUAUCGCGGAUUGGCUUCAGGAACGCCGCCGUGUCGAGGAAGCAUACGCUCAAGGACUAAGGAAGCUGGCGCAUCGACCGCAGCUGGAUAACGGGGCAGCGCUUGGGAUCUUCCAGUUACCAUGGCAGCGCAUUAUCAAUGCCACCGAGACCGUUGCGUCGUCCCACGAGAUUUUCGCGCAGAAAAUUGAGGAGGAUGUUGAACGCCCAUUACGGGAGUACAGCAGCAAAAACCGAGAACUAUCCUCGAUGCCCGGGGUGGAGAGGGACCUUGCUGCGCUGGUAAAGAGCUUCGAUGUAGCCCAGAAGAAAGUGGAUAAGGCUCGCGACAAGGGCCCAAAGGGAGCGGACAGAUUGGCCAGUGCUAUCUCUGCUGCUGAGGAGGUAAGGGAACAGUGGGAAUCAAGGGCGCCGUUUGUCUUCGAACAAUUGCAAGCCGCAGAUGAAGGUCGACUGAACCAUCUUCGUGAUGUGUUGACUCAAUUACAAACUCACGAGUCGGAUCAUGUGGAACGAUCUCGCCAAGCCGCUGAGAGCUGCCUAAACGUCCUUCUCAAUGCCGAGACUGCGGAUGAGAUCAAGACAUUUGCCGCAAAGGUCAAUGGGGGCAGACCUAUUGCUCCUAGACGACAAGAAUCGAUGCCCGUCAGCGCGCCGCCUCUUGCUCCCCCGCCGCGGCUCCAAGACGAUGCUGCAAGUCAACGGUCAGGAAGCUCAGGGGCCGUUAGACCCCCUCCAGUUCCCGAGCCCCGAAACACUCCUCUUGGUGGCCUUAAGCGGUUGGGGACGGUCAUGGGCAGAAGAAAGAGUAUUGUGCACACUGGAGGUGGUGCGCCAUUCUCCUCAGAUAAAAAACACCGCAGUCCGUUCGCCUCAUUCAAGCGAGGUGACUCGCGUGAUAUGCCCAUACCUGAAUCUCCUACUGAAGCAGAUCGCCCCGCUACUGCUCUAACUACCCAGGAGAGCCGUGGUGAAACUGCACAUAUUCCAAAUGAUAUUCACGAGCGCGAGCUGCCUGCUUCGCCGCCAAUGAGUCCAGAACCUGGACCCCAGCAGACACCAGCAGCCACAAAUGGAGCACCACACCCAGAAAUUCAGAAUGAGCCAGCUCUCCCACCUAUCCCGUCCGCAAACGAGGAGCCGCAAGUCGAUUCUGAGGGUUUCUCGGAAAGACCGCAAACCAUUGAUGAAAUCACCCGACUACAGAGAGAAGCAGCUGGACUGGACGAACAAGGCAUGAAUCUCACCAUCAGAGAUCAACCGAUUCUUGAAGAUGAAAAUCAGGCCAAGCAAGCCAUGGACGAGAUGGCUAGCCAACUAAGACUGCAAGCCCAACAUAGUGGAGUUAGGCGAACUGCAAGUACCUUGCGUGGCCGGCGCGACGUGCGCAACACAGUUUUCAUCCCAAACCCCCCAGGGUCGAGCCAUGGACCCCCUACUUUGGCGUCCGGGUCGGAUAUCUCUGCCCCAACUUCUCCAGGGCUGCCUACCAGGCAUAUUACCUCUCCCAGUGCCGCCACAGACGACCAUACUCUAUCGGACACAACGUCUAUCCGAUCAUCGCAUACCUUGCACAGCAUCUCGGGUCCAGUCGCCCACCCUGAUCUCCAUCAACCCGGUCUCAACGCAUCCAUCAUUGAAACAGUCAGCGCAUGGUUUACAGAGGGCGCGGUAACCAAGUCCUUUGUUGUUGGAGAGCUUGCGCUAGCUUACAAUGCAUCAACUGGACCAAGCAUUGAUCAUAUGCGGGUGCGGCUUGACAACUUCCAAGAGCUGGAGAAAGUCGCUGCGAACCCGCAUUUUGUGAAGGAAGAGAGAGAACAGGGAGACGAGAACAGAGGCGAAUACGACGUCCUUCUUGCGAAUAUUGCUCGUCCUUCGCCGACUGUAGCGUUCAAGUACCAAGUUCAUAUCGACCCGUUAGAUCUAUCAGCCUAUUGUCCUGUCAUUUUCAAACCUGCCUGGAACCUCGAGGAGUUCCAGGCAAGCGUGAUUAUCUUCUACUCCAUGAACCCAUCAUUCGCCUCCUCAGUUCCGAGACAAUCAAUAACCCUCAAGAACCUAACAUUGACGGUGAACUUGGAUACUUCUCCCGAAGACGGUCGUCAAGUAGCUCAUGCCACUAGCGCCGUCAUGUAUCCCAAUGCCGGGGCUGCGUUCCGUCGCAAGCAAUCAGCAGUGACCUGGAAGAUCCCCGAGCUUGACGUACAGGCUGGAACGGAUGGAAAGUUACUCGUCCGGUUCGCAACCUCGGCCAGCUGGCCGCGGAAGGGCAAGGUUGAUGCCAAGUUCGAGCUUCACACAGCCGACGCAGGCUCACGGUUGGGAAUCAGUACGGUGUCCCCAUCGGAAUACGCAUCGCAAAAUGAUUCGGACCCCUUCGCCGACGAGGGUGCAGCCACACACGCUCCCGAGUCCCAGCCGUUGGCUGUAUGGAAGGGACUUCCAACCACGCGGAAAUUGGUAGCUGGGAAAUAUGUGUCACAUUAA